AUGGCAAAUUCUACUAUCAAUAAAAUCAAUGUUAAUAAAUGGAUUCAAGAAAAUCAGACACAAUUUGUACCUCCUGUUUGUAAUAAAUUAAUGCAUAAUGAUCAAUUAACAAUAAUGUUUGUCGGUGGACCCAAUGUUCGUAAAGAUUAUCAUUUUGAAGAAGGCGAAGAACUUUUCUACCAAAUAAAAGGUGAUAUGUGUUUAAAAAUUGUUGAACAAAAUCAACAUCGCGAUGUUAUUAUCAAAGAAGGAGAUAUAUUUCUUUUACCAGCAUAUAUACCACAUUCGCCAAAUCGUUUUGAAAAUACAGUUGGAUUUGUUAUGGAAAGAAAACGAGAAGAAAAAGAAUUAGAUUGUUUAAGAUAUUAUAAAAAUAAUUCUUUGGAUCCUUUAUUUGAACGAUGGUUCCAUACAACAGAUCUUGGUAUACAAUUAGGUCCAGUUAUAAAAGAAUUUUUUGCAUCUGAAGAAUAUCGUACUGGUGAACCGAAAGAUGAUAGUUUUCCUAAAAAUCCACCUUUAAAAAAUAAUGAAAAGAUUAAAAUAAAUAAUCCAUUUUCAUUAAAUGAAUGGAUUGAUAAACAUAAAGACGAUCUUUCACAUGGUCAUCCAAUUAGUUUAUUUCCGGAUCAAUUUCAAACAAGAGUUUAUGUUAUUUCGAAAGGACAACAUACAAUUGAUUGUUCUAAUGGUGAUGUUUGGUUAUGGCAACAUAAAGGACAUUCAACAGCUAAAAUAAUUACUAAUGAUAAACAUGAAUCAGUUAUCGAUUUAGAACAUUCGGAUUCAAUCUAUUUAAAUGUUCACUGGACGUAA